GUAUUUUUUUCUUUCUCAAAGUGGAAUUAUUGAUUUACUCACAAAGCAUAAAUUUUUUUUUUAAAAUUUCGAAAGGGAAAAAAAAAUCUAAGCUUGAUUUGAGAAGAAGAUGAUGGGGUCACGAACAAACUUGAAGAACUUUGUUGAUGGUCUGACUGAUGAAGUUGGAGUUAACACAAAGCAGCAGCCAAUGAUGGGGAGUAGUAGUACUCUUCCAUUGACGAGACAGAACUCGGUGUUCUCGUUAACCUUUGAUGAGUUUCAGAACUCAUGGGGUGGUGGUAUUGGGAAAGAUUUUGGGUCCAUGAACAUGGAUGAGCUUUUGAAGAACAUAUGGACUGCUGAGGAAAGCCACUCACUGAUGGGGAACAACACCGGUUUCAACAACAUCAACAAUGGUAUUAACGGGAACGGUGGUGUUAUUAACAACAUCAAUGGCGGUGUAUCUGUUGUUGGUGUGGGAGGAGAAACUGGUGGUGGUUUUUUCAAUGGUGGGAGUUUGCAGAGACAAGGGUCACUUACUCUGCCUCGUACCAUUAGUCAGAAAACGGUUGAUGAUGUCUGGAAGGAGUUGAUGAAGGAGGAUGACAUUGGAAAUGGUGUUGCUAAUGUUGGGACAAGUGGGAUUCCGCAGAGGCAACAAACGCUGGGAGAGAUGACUUUGGAGCAGUUUUUGCUCAGGGCGGGCGUGGUUAGGGAAGAACCUCCACAGGUGCAGCAGCCUGUAAAUAACUUCAAUGGUGGUUUUUACGGGUUUGGCAGCAAUGCAGGUCUCGGGACAACUCCUAAUAUGAUUGGUGCUAACCAGCCUCAUAGUUUUGCUGGAAAUGGUGCAGUGGUGAGACCGGAUCUGCUGACAACUCAAACUCAGCCACUUCAGAUGCAGCAAUCGCAGAGGGUGCAGCAGCCGCAACCACUCAUACAGAAGCAGGAGAGGCCUUUUCCCAAACAGACCACUAUCGCGUUUUCCAACACUGUUGAUGCUCUUAAUCGUUCUCAACCUGUAACACAGUUCCAGGAAGUGAAGCCUUCAAUUCUUGGAAAGCGGAACCAUCCUAUGGACAACAAUCUACUGCAAGCUGUUGAUUUUAAAACCGGUGUUACAGUUGCAGCAGUAUCUCCUGGAAGCCAGAUGUCACCUGAUCUGACUCCAAAGAGCGCUCUGGAUGCAUCUUUGUCGCCAGUUCCUUACAUGUUUGGUCGAGUAAGAAAAACAGGUGCAGUUCUGGAGAAGGUGAUUGAGAGAAGGCAAAAAAGGAUGAUAAAGAAUAGGGAAUCAGCUGCAAGAUCCCGCGCUCGCAAGCAGGCUUAUACGAUGGAGUUGGAAGCAGAAAUUGCGCAACUUAAAGAGUUGAAUGAAGAGUUGCAGAAGAAACAAGUUGCAAUCAUGGAAAAGCAGAAAAACCAGCUUCUGGAGCCACUGCGCCAGCCAAUGGGAUGCAAAAGGCAAUGCUUGCGAAGGACAUUGACAGGUCCUUGGUAGAGCUUAUAAUGGCGUUCGAGGAACUCAACAAAGCGCAAAAGCUAUAGAACAACACAGAAAUAGAAAGCUAGCUUUGUAUGUAGUUUAGGCAGGUGUUUCAAUGGGUGAUUGUAAAUCGUGAAGUGUGGCUGGUUUGACAGAGAUAGAUCAACACUCUUUUGUUCUGUUUUCCUGAAGCAUCUUUUGGUAUUAUCAUCCUGAUGUAAUUGAUCUUGACCAGUUUCUAGAACAUCUUUGUGACUUAACCAGAGUGAAAUUAUCUUCUUCUUAA